AUGCGCAACGCGUCCAGAGCGACGCCAUUAGCGACGCCAGUUGCCAAACAGGAGGAGCAGGAUCACAUCAUAACCAUCAGCACUGCCAGCCUGUCGGAGCAGUCCCAGGAGGCGCCAAUUAAGCACUACACACAAGCAACAACAACAUCAGCAACAACAACAACGACAGGAGCAGCUCUAAUUGGAACUGGAACUGAAAGUGGAAUUGAAAGUGUUGCACCAUCGAGUUCAGUUCAAGGAUCCCAGCAAUCGGAAGCAUUGAAGGCUUCUACUGUCCGCUCCCUCUGCCGUUUCAGUGAGCUGAUUAGCUAUCAGAAUAACAUUGCGGAUGUGCAACAUCGCCGUGGACGUCGUCUGCAUGGACUGCAACUGCCGCUGCAUCCGUUGCAGCUGUUUGGUUGGCUGGUCCUGCUGCUCUUUGGUGUGGCCAGUUAUUGGGUGUUGAUACCAGCAUUUCAUGCCCCCAUACAGGGACCAUUGUAUGGUCUAAUCUCUGGCCUGUAUAUUGUUCAUAUUGCCGCCCAUUUGACAGCUCUUUUAACGGAUCCGGCGGAUAAGGAGCUGCGACGUGUGCAUCGUAACGAUCGCAUUGUGCCGGAAUUCGAUCGGAGUAAACACGGUCACGUUAUCGAGAACGGCAGGUGUCAUUUGUGCAACAUCCGCACCUCGUCUCCACGGACGAAACAUUGCUCCGUGUGCAACAAGUGUGUGGGCAAGUUUGAUCAUCAUUGCAAGUGGCUGAAUCACUGCAUCGGAUCCCGCAACUAUGUGGCCUUUCUAAUGUGCGUCGUCAGCGCGGUGGUGGCCACCCUGGUCAUUGUGGCCGCUGUCAUUGGCCAAAUUGUGCUCUACUAUGUGCAGCCGGAUUGGCUCAGCUUCUAUUGGUGCAACAGCCGAUCGGAGGGCACACUCGAGUCCAGUGAUUAUAUCAAUCUCACGCUCAGUCUCAGCAAUGGCACAAUGAUGCAGCUCGAACAGGAACAGGCGGAACAGGAGCAGCAACAAUUAUAUGUCGAUGACCAGCUAGACAAUCUCACCGUCUCCACGUUGCCCACACUGCUGGACAACUUUACAGCGCUGCUGGAGCAGAGCACAGCAAUACCGCAGGUGAAUCACACGGUGACGCCUCUCGUUGCCGGCAUUGGUGUCCAUGAGACAAUAUAUUUGUUGUUGCUCGGAGUGCUGGGAUUGCUGGCGGCGAUUAGCGCUGGUUUGUUGUUGCACCUGUGCUUUUUUCACAUCUACAUCUCGUUCCUGGGACUGACCACGUACGAGUAUAUAAGAAAUCAUCGCCAGGCACAGGAGGCAAAGGCCAAACAGCUGCUGGAGCAGGGCAAAAAUGGUGGCGUUCACUUUAAUCCCAACCUGCCCACAGUCAAUCAUCCGUCCAAAUUGCCGGCAGCUGGCACACAGCUCUACUGCUGCUCCAGCGUGCCGCAUCCCAAUCAACAGCAUCCACAUGCACAUCAACAGCUGGAGGAGUCCGAAGGUGGAGGUGGAAAUCGCUUGCAUUGCUGUGCUAGCUCCCGGGAGUUCCAUCAGGCACGACAGGCUGUCUACAUGUGCUCGCUGCUCCAGGAACGACGCGGUGAUCGCAUUCAACUGGAACCGGACACGGAACGUGAUGAUGCCUCGUUGCGUUCCUUUCACUGUUGCUCCAGUUUUGCGGCAAGUUCCAUGCAGCGCCGCGUGAGCACUGCUGCUAAUGCCAAGGCGGCACUGGAGCCUCGUUACCGUGCUGCCGUACAGAGAUCAUCGGCUGCCGCGUAUUUGCAGUAUACGGAACAGUGCACUCUGUGCACUUUCCAGCUGCGCAGUCCAUUGAGAGGAGGCAGUGCAGCAGGAAGCAGCAGCACUCGAACACUGGCUAGUCAAACGGCCACGCCCUCCUCAUCCGCCUCGGCGGCUGGGAAUAUUUCCAAGCAUCAGCGUUGGCGGCGAAAAUGGAACUGUUGUGCGAAUGUGCCGGACAGUCCGGAUGUGCCCAAUGAUCUCUUGGCAGCGCUCUCGUACCGUGAGAAUGCCACCGUUAGCGCCAAGAUUAAUGCCACCGAGUUGCCGGUGCAGUUCAUACGCAGCCUCAAUGGUGGCUUGGAGGUGCCACACGCCGAGUUGCCACUGAAGACGCCACGUAGCUCCAGACUGCGUCACAUGCUGCGACUGUUGGGCAGAUAUCGACGUGCUCGUUGCCAUCGUGGAGCUCAUGGCAAUCAUGGCGUGGCUGCCGCAGAGCAGCAUGUGGCUGCCAUCAAACAGAAUCAAAUACGUCCGUUGCAACUUCAAGCGGGCCGUGGUUAUGACAAUGCCUCCCCGACAGCGACAACGACAACAACAACGACACCGCCGCCAGCAAGUUCGCCCAGCAGCAGCAGCAGCAUUGGAGCAAGCAGCAGCGAACUGAGCACGGACUAUUGUGCGGGCAAAGAACUAAUGCUACUGCCCACCAGCGUGAUUCGGGAUGACACAGUGACCACCAGUUAUACGUUGACGCUGCCACCUGCAUUGCCACCGCCCACGCGUCGCAAGAUGCCCAAUGCCAGCGAAUUGGCUGAGCUUGCCGAAACGCUGGGCUUUGUCACAUCCCACGUCCAGUCGCAAUCCCAUUCCCAUCAAUCGUCCAAUUGCAGCCGACAGUUGCCCGGAUUGGGCAAUGUAUAUCGCAGACAACGCAGGAAACAUUUUUUGCGCACACGCUCUCCCACAUUGUCGCCGAUCCAUGAAUCGGGGCUAUCGAAUCCCACGUCGCCACAACCGAUGCGUCAUACUCUGGCGACCAGUUCGGGCUCCAUUGCCAGCUCCAAUGCAAAGUGCUCGCCAGAUGUGGCCCGCUCGUCCGCAACGCUUGUCCAGAAUCUCUGCGGUCUGGCUGGAGAGGCUCUAAGGAAGACCGCCUCCAACAGUUCGUUGCAUAGCAUUAGCUCCAAUUCGAGCAGCACCUAAAAGGAUUGUAGACAGUUCCUUGCAUGGUUUCUGCUUAGUCCAUAGGCUAGUCAUAGGUCGUCGUCGUUUAUCCCCAGUCCAGUUUCCAAGAGACAAGUCAUCAAUUACAUAUGCUUGGGGGAUGGAGACGUUCCGGAAUACCAAAUUAGAAUUCGAGGCUUUUUUCUCUGUAAUCCUAUUUCCUAACUCUAUAGGCGCUAUAAGUAUGAUAUUAUUAUAUUAAAUAUGCAGUAAAUGCUAAAACUA